AGACUGUGUGUGUUUGCUGCUAAUGCUGCUGCGUCUUUGUUCACACUUAUUGUACAGGUAUGUUUCUUUUUGUUGCUCCCAUGACACUUAUUGUGCAGAUUGUAUCUGGGUAUUUUGUGGAGCAUUGCUAGCUCCUUCAUUCGAUACCCACAGAAUGAGGAGACUGUGUGUGUUUGCUGCUAAUGCUGCUGCGUCUUUGUUCACACUUAUUGUACAGAAAUAAAUCACGCCACAGUUUCGGCUAAAGUGAGAUCCUGUCCCUUUCUUCAUUAAACGAGACUCAACACAACGUAGAGCGUAGCAAGGGUCUGCCUAGAAGUGGGCCCAAACCGGCUACACAAGGAUAAUGCAUUUGUGUGUGUGCUUCGUCAUAAACGUUCCACAAUCAACUUUGCUGCUCAUCCCAGAAAUGCAUGAUCUUUAUGAAUGGGUCACUGUGAAGGGAAAUGAGCAGGCUUUCUAAUUACAGGUUCGUAAAAUACAGCAGAUUUGGGGCGCGCGAACAUGCGCUCCACUGAUUGAGCGGGGUGUCAAAACGGGAUCUACCACUGCGCAGGUUUUGCGAGGGGUGGCAGGUUUGAAAAUAGAGCCCGUAGACUGUAUAUAAGAUGGACAGAGUCUGCCUCCUCGCUGGGUGACGCCACUCCGAGAACAGCACCCUCUGAUGGUGGGCUGCAGUACAGGUCAUAAAUCCCGUCUCCGCCAGCAAAGCUUAUGGGACUGUGGACAAACUUUAGAAAUUUAUUACACAGAACAUAAAUUUUUCUCCCCCCUGGUUGUGAUGUUGACAUGUAGUUACAGUAAGACUGGUUUGUGCCCAAGUCCUUUUUUUCUGUACAGCUCCGUUUUUAAAAGUUAUUAGGGGGUUCAUGUUUUCUAUGAUUGACACCUGGUACAGCCUAUGGGCGUUCAGGGAUUGCAUAGCUCUCCCGGGGGGAUACGCUGUUUGAGCCAAGCGUCAUCACAAGGACUCUUGGUGACUGCGCGGCCGAAUGCGCACAACGUUACUGCACAGCUCUGGUUUCAAGGAAGUGGAGAAAAACCCGGAAUUACCGAGAGCUUUUUGGCUUCAAAUCCGUAUACAGGUGGAAGGCGGAACCAGGUUGUCCAUCUUAUAUACAGUCUAUGAUUCCACCGAAUAACUACGUAAAAUAAUUUGCCCUCUCAUCAUCUGCCUGGUACCACUGCCGGCAAAUGUGCAAAAUAUGAAUGCAGGAGAGAGGACAGUGAAGUCAGAGAUUUAUACAUGCUAUGUUCCCAUCAAUUGACAUCAAUUCCAUUGGAGUAGUGCAACAAAUAUUUUUUUUGUAACUAUGGUUUAUUUAAUCAUAUUGUCACAACUUCAAAUGUUUUCGCCAAUCUUAAUGUAUGGUUGAAAAUUGUGAAACAUUUCAUUUAUCUUUGUUUUGUUGCUUCUAUCAUAGAAGUAUAUCCACAACACAUGGUCAAGAGCUACCAGAAGGUCUUGCAACACUACAGAAGAGGCAAGAAUUUAACUGUGUCCUACAAGGCUGUUCGGGUGGACUGGAAUACCAUUGUUGGGACUGCCCCCAUUGCAGAGCUGACCAUUGCCUCGCCAGAGCAGGACAGGGAACUGCUGAAGGGGCACUCAAGGCUGCAAAAGCUGCAGACAUUUGUAUUGCAGUGUGCCAACUUUAUUGAAAAUGACCCUGUGUUAUUGGCCGAGAUAGAAAACAUGAAAAAGACUUCUCCGCAAACUUCUCCCUUUCCUUAAGAGGAAAUAGAAGUGAAGAAAGUGGAGUGGGUGGGGUAGUUUUAGUUCUAGUUAAUUUGUUAAUAAAUGUUCCAUACAGUUGUCAUUGUUAUAUGGGUGGAUUUUUUUUUUUGUUUUAACAUUAUUGUAACUGUUUUAUAUAUUAUUUCAUAGCAUACUG